AUGCGCCCCCCAAUGCGUUCGAGUAUCGCCUGCACCAGAUGCAGAAAGUCCAAGAUAAAAUGUGAGAACGAUGGUGGAAAGCACGCCUGCGACAGCUGCAUCAAGACGGGCAAGGAGUGUUUCUACAAGAUACCAGAUCCGGUGCCUCCAAAGAGGUCGGAACCACCUGCCGCGGUCAAGCAAGAACGGGACGGCGGGUCAGACAGGAAGAAACUCAAGAAGAUCGACGACAUAUCCAAGGUCGACAACCAGAGAGCAACGGCCUACGCCGAAGAAGUCCUUGCUGCUCCAUUCUUGACCGAGGAUAUGUGGGAGCAGGUCUUCGAUCUGUACAAACUGCAUUUUGGUCCCGAGCUUUCCUUCUUGCAUCUACCGACCAUGAAGGAGAAGCUAGGUCGGAAGUUCCGCACCUCUGAAUCAGAGAAUGGUACCGAGAGCAACCUGGUGCUAUUAGGUGUUCUGACCCUCACUGCACGCUUUCAUCCCGAGUUGGUCAAAUACCUCGCUCACAUCUGCAACAACCAGCCGGGAAACGCCAGGACUCGGCCCAUUCAAACGCAACUCGAUCCUGCCGCGGCGUCGGAAUACUACGCUGACAUCCUGGCCAUGGCCCUCGGUCCAGUCCGGACGGCCAUGGGAAUCGCUUCUGUGGAGAGAGUGGCAGCGUUGUUGAUGCUAGGGCUCUACGAGUGGAGCCAGACCCGUCCCAAGACUGGAGGCUUGACAGCUUGGAUGUACAUUGGUGCUGCUAUUCGAAUGGCUCAGUUCUUAGGCCUUGGGUUUGGGGAUGCGCCCGGAGUAGACGAGUCGAGAUAUCAGAUUGCCAACCAACAUCAGCGAAGCUCUGGGCACCAGUCACAGAUGGCGCUGCAGAAGGAAAUCAAGAGGAGAAUAAUGUUCAGCUGCUUCAUCCUCGAUCGGAUGCUUGCUUGUGGCAGACACCGUGUGACGAUCAUCCAUGCCGAUGAUCUCCAGAUCCAGCUGCCUUGCUCGGAAGACAAAUUUGACCUGGCCAUGGAGGUGCAAACUGGCUUCCUAACAAAACCAGGACGAUUUGGGACUGACGACAGCGUACUUGGCCGGUUUAUCCGGCUGGUGGACAUUUGGGGCGAUAUUUCCAAGUUUAGUUCAAGGGGCGGUCGCCUGACCGAGGACACCGACAAUGAGUACCGGAUACCCCCUUGGGACCAAGGCUCAAGGUUCUACCAGCUAGACAAGCGGCUGCAAGCUUUUGACUCGGACCUACCAGGAACGUUCACCUUCUCGAGGUCCAACUACUUCAAGCAUGAAAAUCACCAGGCGUCGAGUGCGUACGUUUUGCUACACAUGCUCAGAUGCGUAUGCUUGAUAAUGUUGCAUCGGGAAUACGUACCCUUCAUACCGAUCCGCUGCAAAGGUCCCGAAGGACCGCUGGACGAACCUACUUUUGAGAGGGACGAGUUUUCUAACAGUUUCUGGAGAGCCAGCGCGGAACAACUCUUCAAAGCAGCGAGAGGAAUCGUGGACUUGAUUAAGAUCUGUCAGCGGAAGGACAAACUACCGCAGUCCACCAUCGUCCUCUUUGCUAUAUGGAACGCAGCAUUUGUAGGACUGUACGGCUUCCACUUUCCUCAGAUGGAUACCGAGCGGCACAUGUUGAGUUUUGACGACGAGACACAUCCUGAUGGACACACAGGCGUCUUUGAACAUGGACCAACCGGUUUGACCUUCGAAACUCUGCAGAAAAUGUCGAACUGGCUGAAAAUGGCAUCCGCCUACGUCGACCUGCUCGAACACAUGGACAAGUACUUCGUGGGCAUCAAACAGGACUACUACAAAUACAAGGAACUGAACAUGCUGAGCGAGAAGAGAAGUUUACGGGUGCGGGAGGGUGGCACGGGCGGUGGGCUUGAAGAGUACCAUCGCUUUGCGCCAGCUCUCAAAGGCUUUGGGCCGCCGAUCGGGCAUUCUCAACCGGACGAAACAGACCACGCCGACAGCUCGGAGCGGUCGCGGACAGGCGAGGUGGAGCGCCCGUCGUCGCGCGACGCGGAGACGAUGAACGCGGCGGCAUUGAGCUCGGCGUCUAGGUCUGCACCGCCAGGAUCAUUCACAGCCAUCAACCAUUCCCAAGGUAUGCCGACGGCGGAUUCGCCUCGUCCCUUUAGUCGGGCUGCGUCCAUAGCGGGACCGCCUGCUGAAACAUAUGCAGACUCCUGGCGAUAUCACAGUAGCACGCCACAGCAACAACAGCAGCAACAGCAGCACUCUCCUUCCCAGGCUUACCCGACGCCGAGCUCCAUGCUCGACCCGGCUACGAUAGCAGCUCAAGCUCAUGAUCGGACCACGAUGCAAGACGAGAGCGACAAGUUUUAUUUAGACCUCAAGAAGGCCGAGCCGUCACGUUUUGGGAUCAUGACAGGGGACCUUGGCCUCUUUUCAACUGGCGAGUCUCAGCUUUCGGUGUCUGAGAUGCCGUUCGGAGACGCGGCUUACAUGCCGGCUAUGGGCGACUCUGCAUACCAGUAUCUGCAGCAGGCCAGCGAGUACUGA